AUGUUUUUGGACGGUGGGAUUAGGGUUUGGCUAAGUAGGGCCAAGCUCAUCUCAGCCUUUCAAGACAGUGCAAUGCAUAGGUUCAACUUAGCAGAGGUGAAUCAAAUAGAAAGUUCCACAGCAGAGAACAAUGGCCAGAGAAUGAAGACGAGGAAAGGAAACCUUGAGUAA